AGCAAACUACAGAGAAGCUCUUCGUUCACGGUUCCUUUUUCACCGCCCCAAGUAGGUCUAGGCACAACGAACACGAGAAAAAAUCGCUUCCGAUAAAUAGCGCUGUUCUAGCAAACAAAUAGAGUUCAUCGACCAACUAUCUAGAAACUGCUUCUAGACCCCCUGAUCAUCAAUCAUGCCGUCGCAGUCUCCGAUUAAAGACCUGGGCUCCGCAUUGCCAACCGGGAGUCCUUUCAAAGGCUCGCCUGCCAAGUCUUUCGGCAUGUCGCCUGCAGCCAAACUGUCGCCUGCUAAGCCUCAGGCUGCUCCGGCUGCUCCUCCAGCUGCUAUGAAGCCGGUGAUGAAGCAGGCGAUGAAAUCGGACAAGCACAACAGUGACAUCAACAUCAAGGGGCCGCAGCUGCUUAAGCCCUUAUCGCCAAAAAGUGCUCCGGCGUUUAUCAAGUGGAAGUUUUAUGAGCAAUUUUCAUUUUGAGUAUCGGAAGUACUUUAGUGAGUUAUGAUGUAGUAUCUGACUGCAGUUGAGUCAUCUGUAGUACAUUUAUGUGUAUUUUUUUUGAGUAUCUGUAGUACAUUAUACAUAGUCAUGCUUUGUCUAGGUCUCCCUCGCACUGACAACUCCCUAAGGUUGGACCAAAUUAAUGGACUUGCUGUUUCAUAAAUUAUAUCUUCUUUGGAUGGGUCCUCAAAAGAGUGAAUGAAAGAGCUUACAGUAAGCUACUUGUACGUAGUGGCGUCAUCUAUCAAUCAUCUUUUUACCAAUGAUUGAACUUCCUUCAAUAUUCAAUCUAUCACCAGUCUAAUUCUCCAACCAAGCAAAGGAAUGGGAGGACCGCUACCAGGAAUCACUGCGCGAUGAUGCAGAAGCUCGCCGUAAGAAGUUGCUGGAGACGCCUCCCGCAGCGCAAGCGCCCUCCUCGUCCUCCUCCUCGGAGUCCUUUGAGUACUAGCCUUGUUAUCUUUGUGCCGACUCUUGAUGUUCUUCUUUUAAAUGAUUUACAUACAUACCCAAUAGUACUUCGCUACCACGGAUUUCCAUCUCCGUACGAACGUGAUUCAUACAUUCACUGCUUUGUUCUUCUUGGGGGAUCGAUCGCUGGGCUGCUCUUCUUUGUGCGGAUCUCCAUACCUAGAUCAUACGCCGGAUGCUCACACCUAUCGUUCAUUCUUCAUCGCCUUUCAGGUUUGGCCUUGCUAAGAAGUGGACGCCCGGAGGCAUGCCGAAGCUUCAGCAGCGAAACAAUUAAGACAAGGCUAUCAUGUUUUCCGUGGGUCAGUGUCGUGCGUGAAUCAACGACAAGGACGCUGUAUAAUUGAAUACAAGCUCAAGAUUGGUUGCAUCUUUCUAUCUAACUAUGUGGUGCUUUUGCACGCAGCAGGUGCGUGCAAUGCACUCUCCUUAUCGACUAGAUUACUCUUGGGUAGAUAGGUGGAUGCGUGCUUCCUGCAAGUUGCAUCAAUCAAUUCAAUCUGAGACCAUCAAUGAGGCUGAUUGUCUGUCAUACGUUCACAGAUGCGCAAGUAGUUGAUUGUUCGCGGCUCUAAUCCUUGAAGACGGGCGAAGUGGUAUGGGAGUCGCCGCGCUUAUGAGUCGCGUUAUUCUAUCUAUUUUAUAUAUACUUACUCACCACCAGCUGAUGACGAAGAAGAGAAAGGGCGAAGCUUAGUAUGCUACAUUUAUAUCAGUGGGUCAACAACUCUUUAUACAUACACAAUGUGUUGCCUCUUUUGAGUCACUGCUGCUCCGUUUUCUAAUUGGCUAGGCUACGCUCGCACUAGAGUUUCUUUAGCGAGUCAGAGUUGUCUGCUGUAUGCACGUAGCUUGCUAGCAAGGAAGAGCUUGCCCCAGUCUUGUGCUCACUAGGAAGAAAGCCGUAGCGGUUCGUGAGGCUUCGGGUGCUCUCUGUUCUCCAAAUUAGAUAGACACUGAGUGACUACAUUAAUUCACUGAGGGGGCUAUCAAUCUGUAUCUAUCUAAGACCACUAUGCUAUAGUAUACUAUACAUUUUAAGUAAGUACUGUCCGACGCUAGAAACUCGCACAAACAAAUACAGAGACUAACAAACACUGUAAGAAUCAAAGGCAUACUACUAGCUUCACUCUUCCUUUCUCUCUCAAGCUCUUAUGCUAGUAGUAGAUUAUAGUAUCUAUAGGUAUAGCCACUCCUUCUUUUUCUUCCUCCAAUCCCUUUGAGCUUCGGAACGGUGGACAAGGCGUCGAAAGCGAAGGGUCUUGCGCACAUUUAUGGUCCACAUCGUCUACUAAUAACUUACUAGGCUAUUCUUGUUUGCUCACUUCGGGCAUCGAGUAGAGGCGUGUCUAUGUAUGUAAGUACGAAGGUAAGUGCUGUAUAUGCUUCCUGUGUAUGUAUGGCAUAUUCAUUUACAUACUUACUACAAGGGUACUACAUCUUCUAUCUUCCUGCCUCGUGUAUAGCUAGCAUGCUCUAUCAACAGUUAGCUACACCAAUUAACGCCAAAAGCUUUAGCUUGUCGCUUGGUCCUUAGAUGAUGGAUCUUUCUAAGGUGAGGAAAACCCAGUGGAGGCACACCACUCCGAAAAGCAAGCGUCUUUGAAAGCGCGUUUCGCGACGCUAAAAGAGCAGCAGGCGCACAAGGAGAACCAAGCCCGCCUGAGUUACGACUUAGAACCCUAAUCCAUCUGCGUGCGACCUCCCUCCACAGCAUCCAUCUUGAAGCUGCUCCAUGCCUAGGAAAGUAAGAGUGAGGGAGCAGUUUCCUGAAGAAGCAUGCAAGCUAGCAACAAGAUGACUGAUGCAUGGGCCGCCGGUCCCCUUCGUUCCAGAUGGAUGAGGGUUCCUCGCCGUGGGUUCUAAUUACAGAACUGGACGAAGUUCUGCUAUGGCAGUGUGUGCGUAUAUUUAUAUAAAGAGAUAUUUAUCCACCAGGGAACUCACCUACCAGGGAGCUUACUUUUGUAGUACUCACAGUCGUGGAGAGUACUUCUCGAUCGCUCAUUCUAUCUAAGAUAGAUAUGUCUAGCCGCAUUUUUUUGCUAUACAAAAUAAAGCAACUGCGGUCAAAAAAGAUGACUCGCAGUAGCUAGUACCUAGUAAAGUGCUGCUGUCUCAGUCACAACAAACUAAGUAACAUGUUACUUAGUUUGUUGUGACUGGUAUACUUAUUAAUCACUGAUUAGCAAGGAUACAUAGUGGGGCUAAUGAAUAGUUCAAAACUCAUCUAAUCAUGCGAAAAACAAUGGCGCGAGGAGCACAAAUCCGCCGCCGAGACCCUCAAGAUUUGGAACCGUAACCGCGAGUCGGCACUACGCCGUUAAGGAGCAGGACACUAAAUUCCUAGCUCUUUCUAUCUAUGUAAGUAUGUAGCGAGCAGCUUCCUUCUGAAAGCUAGCAACCCCAUGUGGUGCAGCUACGUGCUACUCUAGCUUGCUUCCCUCCUUGGUAGCUCUUCUUUUGGGUCAUUCAUUCAUUAUCCAUCGCUCCAUGCAUCCUGACAAACUAAGAUAGCAUGGAGCGUAGAUAGUUAUACUUUGUGUGUCUAUAGAAAUUUAGAUAGACUUCGAUCUUUCUGCCAAAUUCUAAUCUACUUGCUGGGCGAAUAGCAAGGGUGUCCAGACGAAGAAGACCCGCGACACGGUCAACGACAACAAGAAGAAGACCACGACGGCCAAAAAGAGCAAAGGCAAGCAAACGAAAAUGGAUGCCAAUGCACAGGGCAGCAGCGACAUCAUCUCGUCUGGUACUGGGACCGACAACAAGGUCAAGAAGGAAAGCUCCAAGGCCAGCAACUCCGGAAGCAGCUCGUCGGGAACCAAAAAGGAGGUCAAAAAGGGAAAUGAUAAGGCUCGCAGCAGCAAGUCUAGCAGCACCUCGACUGGAUUCAAGGUCAAGAAAGAGUCUCUUAAUUAG